ACGUUUUUCAGGUCCACCCACCUUUUAUAGGCUCAAUGAGUAAUUUGCCAUUUCUAUUAUUAGUUCUUCUUUUUUCCACCACAAACGCCGGAUUUCUGAUCCGAAUGUGUGGCAAACGUCUGGCAGCGAUUAUGGACAAGAUGUGCACACGUGUCGGAGAGGAUUCACCAUGUUACGCGGGACCUUCAGAAUAUGGGGAUACCUUGCAAGUUGACGGAAUAGCGGAACAAUGUUGUAGACAUCGUUGUGCUCAUGAUCAACUCUACCGAUAUUGCUGUAGCGAAGAAGAAGCUGACGCCUACUAUGAAAUGGUCAAGGGAACAAAUCGGGUACAACCGUAGCCAUCAAAAUAGAUGGAGCUGCAUAGAUUAGGACUUGCUGUGAUAACAUUUGAGCGAGCAUUUCCUCUAUAACCUGCUCGUAUGAAUACGGUAGAUUUAUCAAUGUGAUCUCAAAAAAUGGUGCAUAAUAAAGGGUGGACUUGU